AUGGAUACGCCCAAAGGAUCCCAACCCGAAAACCCUAUCGCCACAUGCGCCACCAUGCUCUCCCUCCACCGCUUCUCCGCUUUGCGCGACUUCGCAAGCCGCCUCCCGAGCUCCGACUGUGUCGCCAGAAUCAUCGCCAUCGCCGACGUCCUCUCCGCCGCUGAUUUCUACUCCGUCCUUAAGCUCCGCCGCGAUGACGCCGGCGACCGCGACCUAACGCGGAGUCAGUUCGCGAAGCUGGCGCUCCUCCUUGACCCCACGAGCACCGACAAGUUCCCUUUCUCGGACGAAGCCCUCGCGCGAGCACGUGAGGCAUGGCACGUGCUCUCCGACCCGGAAAGGCGUGCCCUUUACGACCGCGAGUUCGAACAACGAAGCGGCGGUGACCGUACAAAGGCGACGUUUUGGACCGGGUGCCCCUACUGUGGGAACCUGUACGAGUUCGAGAAGAGGUACGAGGAAUGCACCUUGCUGUGCCAGAAUUGCCGGAAAGCGUUUCCCGGUGUGGCGAUGAAGCCGCCGGUGAAGGAGGGGGGUGAGAAAGGAGAGGACUAUUGGAGCCACGAGAGUGUUCCCUUGAGGUAUUAUGAGGUUAAGGAGAAGGAGGAUAAUAACAACAUGAUGGGUGAUGAAAAUGUCAAUGCUGUGUACAUUUCUGAUGAUGAUGAUGAUGAUGUGAGAAGUGAAGGGUGUGAGAGGGUUCAUCAUGUUCAGGUGAAUGAAACAGUGAAUUUGAAAGGCAAUGGGAAGCGGAGGAUGAGGAUUAAGACUGUGGCAAAGAAGGGUGUUUGGAACAGGAAUAAAAGAAGCAAGCAGGAAUGUGUUGAUGCAGAUAGUGAGUUGGAUUUGGAUGUGGAAGAUGGUGAAUUGGAGUUUACACAAGGAGAUGGUGAUGUCUUUGUUGGGGUUCGGUUCAACAAGUGA